AUGUCUCGGACUGACUUGGAGAUCUUGAAAACGCAGGAUAAUAACAAAACAUUAGAAGAUGGUCGUUGUACUAAGUGCCUUUUGAAGAUAAGAAGAGAAUUGAUGGAAAGGUAUGGUACUUGCCACAUCAUCCAAUUAGGAACCCCAAGAAGCCAGAAUGACUAUGUGAACCAAGGACCAGACUUAGCUAACACGCUAGUAGGAAUCCUGCUAAGAUUCCGGGAGGGAGCUAUUGCCUUUAUGACAGACAUAGAGGCCAUGUUACACCAGGUGAAGGUGAUGCCAGAUAGCAGAGAUGUGUUACGUUUCCUCUGGUUCCAAGGUGAUGAUACAAGAAGACCAUCAUUGACAUACCGAAUGACAUAUCUAUUUGGUGAGGUGUGGAGCCCAAGUUGUACAAACUAUGCACUACAGCAGGUGACGAGGGAAUUUGAAGAAGAGUAUCCACACUCUGUGUUGAACACUGCCCUACAUUUUCAGCUGUGGCGAUUGAAAACCGGCUGGGACGACUCCUUACCCAAGGACUCGGAGGAACAAUGGAGCCGGUGGUUGCGAGACCUGCCUAUCAUUAAGGAGUUUAGCAUUCCUUGA